GAAUGGAGAUGAUAUCAUAUCUAAGGUUAUACCGAAUUUCAAAUUUACACUUGCACAAAAAACGACAGAUCAAAAUGUUCAUGAAUCAAAUAUCUAUAUGUGAUUCAGACAAAAUUUCGGCAUUUGGAUUUUUCAAUAUCAAUUUAAAUGUUGUCACAUCAAUACUCAUUUUGUUGAUUAGUGGAAUGAUCACAUUAAUACAGAUGAAAGAUCACCCAAUGAUUUUAAAAUUCAACAAUGACACUAUAUCCUACUUGGCAAAAAUAUUUACUACAAAAUUCAAUUAAUUCCAAUUGAAAAUUAUCUUCCCUUGUAGCAAAGUAGCUUG